CUUCCUCACUAACACCGUUUUGAACAAACUACACAAGAAAUUGUUUCACAACUCAGAAAAUAUGAACAAUCCUCGCGUAACUAUUGCAGUAUUCUUGGCAGCAAUUGUUUUCACUGCAUAUUUUUCACAUUUUGUGGUGGAGGGUAAGAAAGAAAUCAUAAUCUCAUUCAAAUGCAAACAGAAAUCAGAAUGCUUAACAAACAUUGCUUGCCAGGCUUGUGUUGAUUGCCGAUGCGAUAAUGGAAAAUGUAAAUGUCAUGGUUUCAAAGAAGAAAUCGCGAAUCCAACGGUUUCUCCAUUAGGAUCUUGAUUAACUAAUUAAUUUCCUAUGUAAACUAUCAUUUUAU